UCUUCCCAACCUCUAUAUAACACUGGGGUCCUGUAGUGUUACCUGUAGAUCUGUCUGUGCACUGCACAUAUAAGCAAAUUGGAAUAUAACACGUUCAUAAUCUAGAACUGUAAUCUAGACUGCGUUUAACACUUUCCAUACCAGAAAGCUGACAAAAUGUGAUCACACACAUGGAAUUCCUGUAGUAGUUACCAUAUCCUGAUAUUACCCCUAUGUUUAUGUUUCCUAUAGACCGCCCACAAUUACUAGGGCACCAGGACUGUUGUCAGAUUGAUCUUCUAUGACGGAUUCGCUGACACCUUCACAACUGGGCACAAUUUGUGCUGAAUCAUGGUGAGCGAGUUCUCCGAGCCUUUAUAGGACGCUCACCAGUGUGUGUACACAAGCCUUCCCCGGGAGGAGACGGGAGAGCAGUUAAGAAAACAAAGCGGGGAGCUUGGAAUAUCCUGCCUGAUCCUCUCAUAUCGCAGCAUCCAGGACCGGAUUCUAACUCGUGUAUGCUGUCUGAAGUUGCCAGAAUGGCCAGCAGAACAGUGACAAAGACUGUCCUCAGUGUUGAGCAGUCAGAGGGACUCGGAGCCCGUGUCCGCAGGAGCAUUGGAAGACCAGAGCUAAAAACUUUGGAUCCAUUCCUGAUGCUGGACGAGUUUAAAGGGGGCAAGCCAGCAGGCUUCCCAGACCACCCUCACAGAGGAUUUGAAACCGUGUCCUAUUUAUUGGGUGGAGGGUCCAUGGCACAUGAAGACUUUACUGGACAUGUUGGCAGACUGGACCCUGGAGACUUGCAGUGGAUGACAGCUGGCCGUGGCAUUGUCCAUGCCGAAAUGCCUUGUACAGAGGAACCAGCGCAUGGGUUACAACUGUGGGUCAAUCUGAAAAGUUCUGACAAGAUGAUUCCACCAGAAUACCAAGAGCUGAAAAGUGCCGACAUUCCCAAACCAUCGAAAGAUGGAGUAACCGUUACUGUUAUCUCUGGAGAGUCCAUGGGAAUCAAGUCAAAAGUCUACACAAGAACACCUACUCUGUUUCUGGAUUUCAAACUAGAAAAAGGCGCAAAGUUUACUCAGGCCGUACCAAAAGGAUGGACUGCCUUUAUCUACACGCUACAAGGAGUGAUGCAUGUUGGUCCAUCUGAUGCCCCCCAAAAAAUUGAAGCUCACCACACAGCAGUGCUGGAAGAUGGCGACAAUGUACAAUUUGAAAACAAGGGGGAUGAACUGGCCCACUUGGUUUUGGUUGCUGGUGAACCAAUAAAUGAACCCAUUGUGCAGCAUGGUCCAUUUGUGAUGAACACAAGAGAAGAGAUUUCUAAGACCAUUGAAGAUUAUCACCAUUUUAGGAAUGGAUUUGAAAAAGCCAAAUCAUGGAAAUCUAAGAUUGGGAACAAAUAAACCAAGAAGAUCUUACACAGUUAGGAAUUAGUUUUGUGUCUGUAAAUGUUGAAGAAGAGACCAGGCAAAAACAAAUGUAUUUCCAUUUUCAGUGCAAAAUAAAAUAGCUGUUACACAUUCCUAGUAAUAAAACAAUAUCCCCUUAAACUGAGAAAAUCUUAUGUGUAACUGCAAAGAAAGCUUAGAAAAUCAUUGUCUCCGGGAUAGCACUGUUACCGUGAAGUUCUGGGCUUGGGUCCAAACAGGGCAGCAUCUCUAUGGGUAUUGGGUACAUACGGACUGGUUCUUGUCCUGGUUAUCCAGCAUUGAUGGAAAUAUUGUGGUGGAUGUGAUGAAGUCAGUUAACAGGAUGGAGUGGUGAUACCUGUGACUGUAUUGAAGAGAUAUGGAUAUGGGAAUGCACUUACAGGGAUAGUCUAAUUUCUCUAUACAGAACCUUAGGCAUGUGACAUAUAAUUGUUAUUAUUACACUUUUUUUCAAUCUAACACAUGGUAGGAGGCAGAGUUGUUCUGGGUUUUCAAGACAAAAUAGUCUUGUAUGCAGAUGAACUUUAAAUACCUUGGUGUUAAAGGAAAUCUGUCAUCAGUUUCACCUGCACUAUCCUGUUGGUACAGACAGGAAGUGCAGGUGAUACUGAUGACAACUAUACUUACCUGAUCAUGUUCCCUGCUUCGGUUCUCCCGCUAUCUUCUGUAUCUUCCAUUCCGAGGCCGACUUGGAGAAUGGGCAGAGCUUCCUGAUGUCACUGCUCCUGCUUCUCUGCUGUGUCCUGCUGCUAGCAAAAAGUGGUGGUGAUGUCAUGAAGCUCCGCCCAUGCUCCAACUCAGCCCUGGAAUGGAAGAUGCAGAAGAAAAUAGCAGGGUAACAGGACCACGGAACAGGAGCAGGUAAGUAUGGUUGUCAUCAGUGUCACCUGUACUACCUGUCUGUACCGACAGGUUAGGGCUGGUGAAACUGAUGACAGAUUUCUUUUAACAUUUCAAGAAAGACACAGACUUGACUGAUUUGAAUGUUUCCCUCUAAUAAAAUAAUUGAGAAAAUAAAGUUAAACGCUGAGAUGAGCACCCUAGGUCCCCUACUCUAUCUGGUUGGAAAGCCCUGAUCAAUACCACCGUGAACUACGAAUACCUUGUUUAUAAGCAUCGUAGGAACCCUUCCAAAUUUCACAAAAUAUGGUCUUCCUGGUGUGCUUCUCCACAGGCAAACUUCACAAUAUCUAGAUUUCUGGCCCUGAGAGACCAGCUGAGCCCCUCCCCAUAGACUAGGCCGCAAGGCCCCUCCCCAUAGACUAGGCCGCAAUGCCAUUCUCUGUUGUCUCCCUCAUUGUGUGUGUACUUUUUCUCCUGCAGCUGACGUUGGAGCUCUACCCACUCAUGCACCUUUUCUCCUCUUCUCCUCCUCCUUCCUCCCUUAUUCCUAUCCCCCCCUUCCUCCCCCCCCCCCUUUUUGUCUUGUGUGUUCCAAUUGAGUGAUGUUCGUCCAUCCGUCUAUCCAACUUUUGGCCUGUUCUACGGACACAUGUAUGUUGUUGGUCUUGUCUUGUCUAUUGUGUGUACUGUUGUUUGGGUUCCCACUUUUAGUGGUUGUUUUUUUGUACUUUAUCGCCCUGCCUGACGUGUCGGUCAGGAAUAUACAACCUCUUUAAUUACUACCGUAUAUUGUGAUACACUUGUUUAUGCAUAUACACUGUAAUAAAGUCAGUUUAAUCAAAUACAAAGCUAAGAAGAGCUAUGUAUCUCUGGAAAGAUAACUUAAGUAAAUCAUUUUUACUCCCCAAGGUUGCUAUAUAUGCUUGUAUUUACCUCAUUCUGGAUUGAGGAUUAUAUUAAUCUAGUGUGGGGUGGGAAAAGAGUUUGGAUUGUGUUCUUUGUAUGCCUAUAAAUAAUGGUGGAUUGUUUCUCCAAUAUGUGAGUAUGUAUUUUCUUACUACUCAACUUCAAUAUAUGAUUUUCUGCAGUUUUUGAUAAGGGGAAGGGGGUCAAUAUUCAGACAUUUUGGAGGUUCUUGAGUCUGGACAAUUGAUCUAUGAGGAAGUCAAAAAAUUAACAAAUACAGUUAAAUUGCAUACGUGUUUAAAAACUCUGGGGAAGACCUUUGAUGAACAGGGCUCAUUUAGGUUCUCCCAAUUUAUGGUUCAAUCAGAAUCUAGUGGAAAUCUACUCCCUAUGGUUGUUGUGUCUCCUGGGAAGAAAGGGGAUUAAAAUAUGGCUGAUAUCAUGGAAAAGGGUGAAAUAAAACCCUAGGGAGACAUGAUACAAAAUACAUUUGACAUAAAACAUACAAUAUACAUCUAUUGUGUAAUUGUCCAAAAUGUUCGAAAUGAUGGCAACAUAUAUUCAUUUGUUUGAAAUUUGAAAUCCAUAUUUGUUGUAGGGAGGGAAGAAAGUUCCAAAAGUAAGGUUUUGGUGUUCAGAACAUAUAUGGCCUCAAUAUCAUGAAAUGUAUUUUACCUGUAAAAAAAAAAAAAAAAUACCCCAAGCAAGAGAUGAUGGCUUACUUGGGAAGAUUACUUGCCAGUCCUCCCCUUGCAUCACUCCUGUUUUUGUAGUCUAUUGGUGGCCCAAAAUGUUGUAUUAUCAAGACUGUACUGUAUAUAUUUUUAUAUUUCAGUUUUUGCUUGAAUAUAUCCUUAUACCAUUGUUUUUGUGUGUCAUUACUAUUAAAAUAAAAAAAAUACAA